AAGCUCGCAAACAAAAAAAGUGUUUUGUUGAUGGAAAGUGCGCUUUAUUGUUGGUUUGGCUGUUUAUAUGUGUAUUCAAAAGCGGUUUGAAAUUUGUCCUGCUCAGUAUUAAAUAAAUUAAAUUUUAAUUCGUAUCUUUUAUACAUAACAAAAUGGAAUACCUUCCGUGUGAAAUGAUAGAGCACAUUUUCUCAUUCCUUCCCUACGACGACCAUCUGCGAGCCACAGAAGUUUGCAGUCGUUGGAAAGAAAUCUUCGAAACACGUGUGAUAAAUGAUACUUUGCUGACGAUUUCCAAUAAGCACCGUGAUGAAGAGGCACAAAAUGAUUUCAACUGUGCAAUUCGGAAGUUAUCAAAUAGCACACGAGUCUAUCAUGACCUAAAACUCGUUGCAAUUGAUUUUGCCACAAUCGAACGAAGCACCGAAAUUCAGCUUUCGGUUAUGAUUGCAAAUGUUGGGAUAAACGUUACAAAUUUGACGCUAGAAGACUGCCGACUAUCGUAUGGUAAACUACUCAUGAUUGUUCAACUAUUGAAACGCUCAGAGACUAUUUGUAUCGAUAGUUGUCGGAUAUUCCACGAUUCGAUACCUGCACCUGAGCUUAUGCUAAAAGUUGAGAAUAUUCGGAAAGUAUCCAUUCUCGACAUCGAAACAGAAGAUGUAUCAUCGGUAACAAGUUUGUUGAUCCAAAGUAAUUCAGCAGAUAUUGAUCUAAAAAUGGAAUAUGGUUGCAUAGAUCGCAAAGUUGAAUUAGUCGAAGACAAUGCAAGCAGGAUCAAAAAGUUAUCAUGUAUGUACAACGAAACUCGCAUAAUUCGACGAAUAUUUGGAUGUGCUGCAUUGGACCUCGAAUCCUUGAAGUUGCAAAGAAAUCCAAACGCAGAAAUGCAUUACCUCACGUAUCGAGAAACGGUUGCAACUCAAACGAACUUACGGGAGCUGUUUAUAACCAUGCCGAUUUCGUUACGAAUUCUUGCCGACAUCUCACGCAAUCUCACUGCUUUGGAAAUUUUGAGAGUCAAAAUUGACGAUUAUGACGCUUAUGAAUCAAUUCCUUACAAGUGGCCGAAGCUUAAGACACUAGAAAUGAUACUUGAUGGAGAGGCUGACAUUAUACUAAAUGAGAUGGAAUUCCAGAAUCAACUUGAAGAAUUACGAUUACACGUGCGAAGGAUAACCAAAUACACAAUGAUGCAUAUCUAUGAAAAAUGCAAAGGAUUAAAAAUACUGACUGUUGCAGCGUUAUCUGUACUGCGAGGUGAAAAUAUGCUUGGUUCUAUUGGAGAGCGGCUGCCACACUUAUCCGAAAUAGAACUUCAAUGCGGAUCACGAACGACGUUCGUUCCUUUCUUCGAGUCAGCGGCAUCGUUGAAGAACCUGACCACGUUGGUACUCACUUAUUGUAACUUCCUCACGAAUAAAACUCUAGAACAUGUCACACUGCCCUACCUAAGGAAAUUGGUGAUCAUACAGAACCUCAAGAUUACGAAAGAAGGAUUGCAAAAUUUGCUCACCAAUAGCCCCAAGAUAACGACGCUCAUCCUGCGAGGAUGUAAUGGCACAGAUGAUGAAGCUGUACAAGUUAUUGCAAGUUGCUUACCGAGGCUGGAAUAUCUAGAUAUCAGCGAAUCUCCUCGUAUCACACUCAACAGUAUUCGAUUUAUCUUCGAAGGAUGUCGAUUCAUGAAGGACUUGAAUGUCGACGAUUGUAGUCGUUUGCUAAUUGAAUGGAGGCUUGCGCCAAGCUACAUACACAGCUUUUAUGAACUGAAGAAAUACUACUACACAUAUCCUGAAUAUUUCUACUCUUACCUGGCCAUGGAACCAAAGGAUGAGUAUGAUAGUGACUAUUGCUACUACGAGGGGGAUACAUCAGGUGACCUUUCCGACAUAGGCGACUUCGUGGACGAUUACGAGCCUGUCAAUAACGAGCCAGGAGAUCCAAUUGAUAAUCAGCCAAACCAAAUAGACGAUAUCGACCACAUUAUUGUUAUAAGUGAUGAUGAGUGACUGAUUUGGGUGUUUUAUGAAUUAAUUCAUAAACAGCCAAACAUAUUGUUAAUAAAAAUGUGCAAUCGAAAGCAUUGUUUUGUUAA